CUAAACCCCAGAACCUCCCCAACGCUGAGAGCCAAGAAAGUUCUCCAAUUUCCCUCUCUCCGGCCUCUCGCUUCCUUCCUCGUUCCGUACGAGAAUGGCAGCUCUCACUGAGAAGAAGGCGCCCCAGAGGAAGCGGCCCAUCAACGGAACGAAACCCCACAAGACCUUCAAGAAGCCGAGAAAGGAUAAGACACGCCCCCCGGCUCCAUCGGAGCUGCCCUCUUCCCUCCUCGUUCAAGACGACGAUCCUGAUUUCCCUAGAGGAGGAGCGAGCGUUCUUACUCGGGAGGAGAUAGCAGAGGCUCGAGCGGAGGCCGAAGAGGAGUUUGAGAGGGAGUCCAAGAAGAGCAAGGACACAAGGAAGAACAAAGGGGCCCAGAAGUCGUUGGCUGAAGCCGUGGAUGAUUUUGGAUCACUUUUUGGCGAUGGCGUGACCGGGAAGCUACCUAGGUUUGCCAACCGCAUCACGUUGAAGAAUAUUUCACCAAGAAUGAAGCUUUGGGGAGUCAUCAUUGAAGUAAACACAAAAGAUCUUGUAAUUGGUCUUCCAGGGGGGCUAAGAGGAUAUGUUCGUGCAGAAGAAGUGUCUGACAUUAUUAUAGAUGAUGGAAACAAGGAUUCUGAAAGUAAUUUGCUUUGUAGCAUAUUCCAUGUCGGGCAGCUUGUUUCUUGCAUAGUGGUACGGGUGGAUGAUGAUAAGAAAGAUGGAAAGGGCAACAGAAGAAUUUGGCUGUCACUUCGCCUUAGUUUGCUGUACAAGGGCCUUAUGUUGGAUGCUGUUCAAGAUGGCAUGGUUCUGACUGCACAAAUAAAGAGUAUUGAAGACCGUGGUUAUAUUCUUUACUUCGGAGUGUCAUCUUUUACUGGUUUUUUGCCAAAGAGUGAACAAGAUGGUGGCGUAUUUAGUAGUGGACAACAUUUACAAUGUGUUGUCAAAAGUAUAGAUAAAGCUCGAGCUGUUGCUAUUGUGAAUUCUGAUGCCGAUUUGGUGUCUAAAAGUGCUAUGAAAGAUCUAAAAGGACUCUCGAUUGACCUUUUGGUUCCUGGCAUGAUGGUUAAUGCUCGUGUCCACUCUACCCUUGAGAAUGGAAUUAUGCUGUCAUUCCUCACUUAUUUUACUGGAACAGUAGAUAUUUUCCAUCUGCAAAACUCCUUCUCCCAUGCAACUUGGAAAGAUCACUACAAUCAGAAUAAGAAGGUGAAUGCUCGGAUAUUAUUUAUUGAUCCAUCAACUAGAGCUGUUGGGCUGACCUUGAAUCCUUACCUUGUUCAAAAUAAGGCUCCUCCUUCUAUUGUCAGAACUGGAGAAAUUUAUGAUAAUUCACGAAUUUUAAGGGUUGAUAGAGGGAUUGGUCUUCUUCUUGAAGUACCUUCUUCUCCAAUUCCUUCACCUGCAUUUGUCAGUAUAUCUGAUGUUUCUGAUGAAAAAGUUACAAAGCUAGAAAAAAAGUUCAAGGAAGGAGAUUAUGUUCGUGUUCGUGUUCUUGGAAUGAGACAUUUAGAUGGACUAGCAAUGGGCACCUUAAGGGCUAGUGCUUUGGAAGGGUCGGUUUUCACUCAUUCAGAUGUCAAGCCUGGAAUGUUGGUCAAAGCUAAGGUUAUUGCUGCGGAAAAUUUUGGUGCUAUUGUCCAAUUUUCUGGUGGUGUGAAAGCUCUUUGCCCCCUUCAACACAUGUCAGAGUUGGACAUUCUAAAGCCUCCCAAGAAGUUUAAGGUUGGAUCUGAGUUGCGGUUUCGUGUGCUGGGUUGCAAAUCCAAGAGAAUAACUGUCACAUACAAGAAAACUCUAGUUAAAUCAAGGCUGCCUGUGCUUGCUUCAUAUGCUGAUGCUACUGAAGGAUUAAUUGUGCAUGGAUGGAUAACUAAAAUUGAAAAGCAUGGUUGCUUUGUGAGGUUUUACAAUGGAGUUCAUGGUUUUGCACAAAGAUCAGAGCUUGGAUUGGAACCAGGAAGUGAGGCAGAUGCUGCAUAUCAUGUUGGACAGGCGGUCAAAUGUAGGGUAAUUAGUUCAGCUCCAGCUUCGCGAAGAAUCAGCAUUAGUUUUGUUAUAUCUCCCAAAAGUGGCAGGAGUUCUGAGAAUGACGUUGCCAAGUUGGGUAGUAUUGUUUCUGGUGUUGUUGAGCGACUUACGCCUGCAGCAGUUAUUAUCCAUGUGAAUGGAAAUGCUUAUUUGAAAGGGACAUUAUUUGAUGAGCAUUUAGCAGAUCACCAGGGGCAAGCCGUUCUUUUGAAAUCUUUAUUGAGACCUGGAUAUCAGUUUGAUCAGCUUUUGGUGCUAGAUACUGAAGGCCAGAACUUAAUUCUUUCAGCAAAGUACUCUCUUAUUAAUUAUGCCAAAGAGAUACCUUCAGAUCUUUCACAAAUUCAUCCCUUAUCUGUAGUCAAUGGAUAUAUCUGCAAUAUAAUUGAAAAUGGCUGCUUUGUUCGUUUUCUGGGACGUUUGACUGGAUUCUCUCCAAAAGAUAAAGUUACCGAUCAACAAAUCGAUAAUUUAUUGGAUGCAUUCUAUGUUGGACAAUCAGUUCGUAGUCACGUCCUCACUUUUAAUGGUGAAACUGGUCGGCUUAAACUAUCCUUGAAGCAGUCUUUAUGUUCCUCAUCAGAUGUUUCAUUUAUUCAAGGAUAUUUUCUUCUGGAGGAUAAGAUAGCAGCAUUGCAGAUGUCAGAUGCCAAUAAUUCUGAUUCAAGUUGGACGAGAAGCUUCAGCAUUGGCAGUUUGGUUGAGGGAGAGAUUCAGGAAAUAAAAGAAUUUGGUGUUGUUGUUAGCUUCAGAGAUCAUGGUGAUGUUGUUGGGUUUGUUACACAUCAUCAAUCUGGUGGAGUUAAUGUGGAAGUGGGAUCUGUUGUUAAAGCUUUGGUUCUGGAUAUAGCUAAGUCAGAUGGCCUUGUUGAUUUAUCCCUUAAAUCGGAGCUGGUGACAAGUGCUUGUGUAGAUGGAGCUAAGAAGAAGCGAUGUCGAAGUACAUCUACGGACUUGCAGCUGCACCAAACAGUAAAUGGUGUGGUGGAGAUUGUGAAAGAAAAUUAUUUGGUUCUUUCGAUUCCGGAGUAUAAUUACGCUAUAGGAUAUGCAUCAAUAACUGACUAUAACAUGCAAAAGCUUCCUCGCAAGCACUUCUUGAAUGGACAAAGUGUCCUUGUGACUGUUGGGGUACUUCCAAGCUCAUGUUCUUCUGGAAGACUGUUGCUGCUUCUUAAAUCUGCGGGUGACGUUUCUGAGACUUCUAGAUCUAAAAGGGCCAGAAAAAUGUCUAGCUACACAGUGGGCUCGCUUGUUGUGGGGGAGAUUAUUGACAUAAAGCCUCUUGAACUUAUUUUGAAAUUUGGGACCGGGUUUCGUGGGAGAAUUCAUAUAACCGAGGUAUUCGACAAUAAUCAUGCUCCAGAGAAUCCAUUCAGUAAAUUUAAAAUUGGACAAUUGCUUGAUGCACGGAUAGUUGCGAAGCUUGAGCAGUCAGGGAAGAGUGGAAAAGGGUAUCAAUGGGAGCUGUCGGUUAGACCCUCUCUGCUUACAGGAGAAUCAAUGAAAAUUCCCACUGCCGAGGAGUUCAAUUUUUCAGUGGGCAGCAUUGUCCGAGGUUAUGUUGUUAAGGUGGAUGGUGAGUGGGUCUGGUUAACCGUGUCUCGAUCCGUCAUGUCUCAUAUUUUUGUCCUUGAUAGUUCUUGUGAACCUGGUGAGCUUCAAGAAUUUCAGCAGCGGUACAGUGUGGGUCAAGCUGUCAAAGGCAAAAUCAUUAGCAUAAAUAAAGAGAAAAAGCUGUUGAGGUUAGCAUCAUGCCCAUCUUCUUCUGUUUCUGGGUCAUCGGUUGAUCAUGAAAUUGUGAAGGUAGACAUUCAAGAAAAUAAAGUUUCUAAUGUGGAUUGUGCUGAGCACAUUAUACGAGGUGACAUUGUUGGUGGUAAAGUCAAAAGAAUCCUUCCUGGUGUUAGUGGGCUGCUUGUGCAGAUUGGGCCUCAUCUUUUUGGAAAGGCUCAUUAUACUGAACUUAUAGAUACAUGGGUUCCUCAACCCCUAUGUGGAUAUCAUGAAGGACAAUUUGUCAAAUGUAAGAUCCUGGAAAUAACUCGUUCGUUGGAGGGAACUUUACAUGUUGAUCUGUCUCUACGUUCUUCAUUACAAGACAUCCAAUCAGUUGAUUCCACAGUGCUCGACAACAAUCUGAAUACUCACAUCCAGCGGUUUGAAAAGAUUGAAGAUCUUCAUCCUAACAUGGAUGUGCAGGGAUAUGUCAAGAAUGUAACUUCAAAAGGAUGUUUCAUUAUGCUGUCUCGAAUGAUUGAUGCUAGAAUCCUCCUAUCAAACUUGUCUGAUGGAUACAUUGAAAAUCCUGAAAAAGAGUUUCCAGCUGGAAAGCUUGUACAUGGCAGGGUUUUAUCUGUGGAUCCUGCAUCGAAGAGAGUUGAGGUGACAUUGAAGACGGAAAUGAAGACCGAGGUAGCAAAAUCCGAUGCCAGUGUUUUUUGUAAUCUACAUGUCGGUGAUGUUAUUUCUGGCCAGAUUAGACGGAUUGAGCCAUAUGGCCUGUUUAUAGCAAUUGAUAACACCAAUGUGGUUGGUUUAUGUCAUAAAUCUGAACUUUCAGAUGAGCCCAUCGAUAACAUUGAAACUAGAUAUAAAGCAGGUGAUAGAGUUGUUGCAAAAGUUUUGAAGGUUGAUGAGGAAAGACAUCGAAUAUCCCUUGGCAUGAAGAAAUCUUACAUUGGAAAUGCCAGCGAUGCUCCUAUCAUCUCACGUCAUGGUACAGCUGAUGGCAGUUUUGAUGGUAUUUCUACUGUGGAUGAUACAUUGCUUGCUUUGCAGCAGAAUGAUGACCUACCCCAUGCUGAAAGGAUGUUUGGGUGUGAUAAUGAGGCCUGUGCAGUUCUCGAACCAGCAGAAACAAGGGCUUCUGUUCUUCCUCUUCAGGUUGUUCUUGAUGACUCAGAUGGUUCUGAUUUGGAUAAUGUAACUGUAAGCCAGGAAAUUGUCAAUUUGACCGAUAUGGCUGCAAAAAAGAGUGAUAGACGCACGAAGAAAAAAGCCAAGGAGGAAAGGGAGCUAGAAAUCAGUGCUUCUGAGGAGAGGAAUCUACAGAAGGAUAUACCAAAGACAGCAGAUGAAUUUGAGAAAUUGGUCAGAAGUUCUCCUAACAGUAGUUUUGUCUGGAUAAAGUACAUGGCUUUCAUGUUAUCUCUUGCAGAUGUUGAAAAAGCACGCUCCAUUGCAGAAAGGGCUCUGAGAACAAUAAACAUCAGAGAGGAAGGGGAAAAGCUUAAUAUUUGGGUCGCAUGUUUUAAUCUAGAGAAUGAAUAUGGAAGUCCACCAGAGGAGGCUGUUAAGAAAACCUUCCAGAGAGCAUUGCAGUAUUGCGAUCCCAAAAAAUUGUAUCUAGCUCUUCUGGGAAUGUAUGAAAGGACCGAACAACACAAACUAGCAGAUGAGCUUCUGGAGAGAAUGACCAAAAAGUUCAAAAACUCAUGCAAGGUUUGGCUACACUGUGUUCAAAGCUUCCUGAAGCAAGACAAGGAUGGAAUUCAAUCUCUUGUAAACCGUGCUCUUCUGAGUCUGUCACGCAACAAGCAUAUUAAAUUCAUUUCACAGACUGCUAUCCUAGAAUUCAAGUUUGGUGUGCCUGAUAGAGGACGAUCUAUGUUUGAAGGUAUAUUGCGAGAGUAUCCCAAGAGAACAGAUCUUUGGAGCAUAUACCUCGAUCAAGAAAUUCGCCUGGGUGACGUGGAAGUGAUACGUGCAUUAUUUGAGAGAGCAACAUUUCUGAGUCUUCCACCAAAAAAAAUGAAGUUCUUGUUUAAGAAGUAUCUGGAGUAUGAGAAGGCUCAUGGUGAUGAAGACAGGAUAGAGCACGUUAAAAAGAGAGCUUUGGAGUAUGUGGAGAGCUCGCUUGCUUGAGCUGGAGUUAUGGUGAUAGAAUAUACUCGUUUCUCAAGCUGAAAUCAGUUUAAAAAAAUGAAUUUGCGGCUAAUCAUCACGUGUGAGGCUAUCUAGAAUUUUGGGUCUCUAGAGUUGCUCAUCAUGUUAAAAAUUCAUUCAGACAUCAUCCAGGUAAGCAUGUCUGAACCUAGGUUAGAUUAUCAAAGUUGAAAAGCAGGUGUCCUGAUAUGAGUGGUUGUAAUGGCUGGUUUUUGCAAGCAGUAGUAAAUUAUGGAGCAGAGUUAUUGUAUUUUGAGUCGGGAAAGUAGCAUAUUUUUUUAUUAUUUAUGAUCGAAUGUAACAAAUCAAUUGAUGUACGUUUUUGUUAUUUUUGUUAUUUAUGGUCUAAUGUAACAAAUCAAUUGAUACACUUAUUCAAGUGGAAAUUUUAUGAUAAAGGAAGUGCUAUGCUCCGAUGUAAUUCGGACAAACUUGUACGCC